AGGUUGGGGGGGGGGAUGUGGUACAUUUCUGUAACCAUAAUACUGAUAAGAUGCAGGCAGAAGGAGCUCAAGUGUAAGGCCAGCCUGGACUCUGAGGUAAAACCCUAUCUCAAAACAAAACAAAAUGGAGGGAGACCAAGAUUAGCUGAAGGUGGAAGAUGGGAGCUAGGUCACCUAAGGAUCUAUGAUACCUGCUUAUUUACUGGGUAUUUAAAGCAUGGAAUCUAAUUGCAAGCUUCUCUACCCUUUGGAAUCACACAUCCAUCUAGGUAUCGGAUGGAAUCUAGAAAAUAUAUUUCUCUGAGAAUACUUUCCAUACAACUCCAGGGGCUUUACAGGUACUCCCUUCCCUGCCUAGCAAUGAACCAUAGACUUCCAAACUUACCCUAGUUUAAGUAAGGAAAGCCUAUGAUGGCCUCCAAGGAUUUGCAAUAUUGAACCCCUCCUGCACCUCCAGCCUCAUGUGUGUUCUGCAAUGUUACCUCUGCCACAUUGGCCUCUUUGAAGUUCCUGGAAGCAGUAGCUCAGGUCUUUUCUUCUGCAUAGAAUUCUUUCUCCUUCCUGUCUCCAUGUGAACAUAAUAUCUGUCUCCGCUCAGACAUACACUUCCUGAAGACAGGACAUUAUCUCCCUUUAGAAGCCAGCACUGUGCCUAGUCCACAGUACCUGCCAGAUGAAGGACUUACUAGUACCCUGUGGCUGGAAGAAAGUUCCUCACUCUGAAUUCAUUCAGCUCCUUGUGAGUCAUUAUAUAAGUUUAUGUAACAUGCUUAGAUAUGCCUGAAUCAUACAAAGGCAGUUCAUUAAUAGGUAUUUUCCUAGAAUUCUUCCCCAUGCCUGAAGCAAAUGGGCUUCUCAAAAGUACCCCCUCUAUCCACUGGGAGCUGUUGCUCAAACGAUACUCUUCCAUUAUCAUGAGCAUACUUGAGCCUAUGGAACCUUGACAAGAACCUAUGAGGUAAGCCAGGUGUGGUGGCACUCAACAAGCUGAAACAGCAGGACUGCUGUGAGUCUGAGGUCAGUCUGGGUGACAUAACCAGUAGCAGGACAGCCCAAGGCUAUGUAGCCCCCAUCUCAAAAAAUGACAAAUGAAAAAACAGCGUUGUGGGGUAACGGAGCAUGGUGGGAUGGCACAUACCUGAGAGACUGAAGCAGGAGAAUUAUGAAUUUGAGGCAAGCCAGGCUACAGAGCAAGAUUUUUUUCAAACAAACCCAAACCAACCUCUGGAGUGGGGGAUGUCAGUGAUCUUUAGGUAACCAAAGUGAGUCUCAGGGGGAGAAACCCAGACGAAUGAUUACAUUGAACCUACUGGGCUCCACAGUGAGGAGGUUUUGAACUCCUCAGAGAGUAAAGGAGACUUGCUCAACGUUGUAUAUCAGCAGCCUUACAGUCAGGCGUACAAUUUCUGUCCUCAACCGCUGCCAGGUUAAGAGGAAGGUCUGGGCCAGAGGUGACACAGCUGCAGGAGCUGGGAGAGUUGAGAUUGAGGUAACUGAGCAUGGUAGGCAAUCUGCAAUCUCAGGAGAGGGUGAAACAGAUUUGUGAAUCUGAGGCAAGCCUGGGCUACAGAGCAAGACUCUUUCCAAACAAACCCAAUUGAACCUAUGGAGUAGGGGAUUGUCAUUUCUCUUCUAUAGGUAACCAAACUGAGUGAUCUAUAGAAUAGAGGAGACGGCAGAGGUCCCGCAGAUACCAGACCUGUAGUGGUUUGGAGGGCCUCUCUCUUCCUAGCUGCCUUGGCUUUCUUCAGAUGAGCCAGUUGUCCUGGUAGGGAGACAGGAAGGCUGGCCUGUGGCCUGUCAUCUCCUAUUUCUUCUGAAUCACUGACCACCCUGGCCCUUCCCAGGAGCCUUCUGCUCAGAACAGUCAGGAGCCUGGCCUCUGGGGCCAUGAAAGACUGGAAUGCUCAAAGCUGGACCCAUGCUCCUUUUUUUAAGGAAUGUUCCCAUCCUUCAGACCCUCAAAAUUCUGUUUUCUCUGAUGCUACCCAUAUAGACAGUAGAGAUUGCCAAGUGGGUAGACGGUGCCGUGAUAUAUCAACAUUGCUGAGAUUUUUUGCUUCUGUCCAGGCUUCGGUUGUUGCACCUGUAGAACCAGGAUGGACAGUCUUCCUGGACGAACAACCUCUUGAUUGUAAAUGGCGUGUGCUUUUCAGUUGUUUUGUUUUUGCCAGUGUAGAAAAUAACAGAGAAGUGAAUGACAGCUUAUUAUAGUCAUAAAGAAUAGUGUUCCUGGCCACGCCCUCAUAUCAGAAACUGAUUUGGAUUUUAUUUGAUGUGGACUAUUCUAGGACAGUCUAUAUGUGUCUGUAAAUGUGCUAAAAUGAAGAUGCUUGUGAAAAGCUUCUGCUUAAAGAUUUCUGUAUGUACAAAAUAGUAAUAAAGCUAAGGGUGCAGAUUUCAGAUUUUGGAAUAGCCAAAUUAAGCCCCAAUCUUGGGCCACUACUACUACUAAGCUUUUGUAUCUCAGUUGUCUAUAGAGGGUAUUCAAAUAGGCUCUGUGACACAAACUUUUCAGGAUGAGACAAGUUGUUUGUGGAGAUUGCAGGAGAGAUGCACAUCUCUAAACUGCUUCCUCUUGUUAGGAAUUCCCAGCCCUUAGAGAGCAAGGAAGGAACAAAGUUUCCAAUUGCAUCCUGGCCUGCAGCCCAGCUGGCCUGGCCCCUCCUCCUUGGCUCCUCCUUCUAGGGAAGGGCUGAAAAAGAAGGGGUGGGAGUAGUGACCGGGUAGCAUUGGCAGGGGAUAGGGAGGGGGACUGCCCCUGGGACAGGUCCAGACUCAUGGAACCCCCCUGGAGGAGCAGCAGGUCCACAGCGUCUCAUACUCUACACCAGUAUUGCUGUCCUACUCAGGUCCUUGACUCCAUGAAGCUUACCCCCUCAGGCAGGCUGGCAGAGAGCAGUGUGGAGGGUGAUGCCCCAGGCAGUGACCUGAGCACAGCGGUUGAUAGUCCUGGGAGCCAACCCCCCUACCGGCUGAGCCAACUACCCCCCACCAGCAGCCACAUGGGGGGCCCCCCUGCCGGGGUGGGCCUUCCUUGGGCUCAGAGGGCACGCCUGCAGCCAGCCAGUGUCGCCCUGAGGAAGCAGGAGGAGGAGGAGAUCAAGCGCUCCAAGGCCCUGUCAGACAGCUAUGAACUCUCCACAGACCUGCAGGACAAGAAGGUGGAAAUGCUGGAGAGGAAGUAUGGGGGCUCCUUCCUGAGCCGCAGGGCUGCCAGGACCAUCCAGACAGCCUUUCGACAGUACCGUAUGAAUAAGAACUUUGAGCGGCUGCGCAGCUCAGCUUCAGAGAGCCGCAUGUCCCGCCGCAUCAUCUUGUCCAACAUGCGGAUGCAGUUCUCCUUUGAGGAGUACGAGAAAGCACAGAACCCUGCAUACUUCGAGGGCAAGCCUGCCUCAUUGGAUGAGGGUGCCAUGGCUGGCGCCCGGAGCCACCGGCUUGAACGGGGCCUCCCUUAUGGAGGCUCCUGUGGUGGGGGCAUCGAUGGUGGUGGAAGUUCAGUCACCACAUCUGGAGAGUUUUCUAAUGACAUCACAGAGCUCGAGGACUCCUUCUCCAAACAGGUAAAGUCUCUGGCUGAAUCCAUUGAUGAGGCCCUGAACUGCCACCCAUCAGGGCCUAUGUCUGAGGAGCCAGGGUCAGCCCAACUGGAGAAGCGGGAAUCAAAGGAACAGCAAGAAGACAGCUCAGCCACAUCCUUCAGUGACCUCCCCCUGUACUUGGAUGACCCAGUUCCUCCUCCAUCACCUGAGCGACUGCCCAGCACAGAGCCCCCACCCCAAGGCCGCCCUGAGUUCUGGGCACCAGCUCCCCUCCCACCAGUUCCUCCACCAAUGCCACCAGGGACCCGGGAAGAUGGUAGCCGUGAGGAAGGCACUCGAAGGGGUCCUGGGUGCUUGGAGUGCCGGGAUUUCCGGCUCCGGGCUGCACACCUCCCCCUCCUCACCAUUGAGCCUCCCAGUGACAGUUCUGUAGACCUGAGUGACCGCUCAGAUCGCGGCUCUGUCCACCGCCAGCUGGUGUAUGAGGCUGAUGGCUGCAGCCCCCAUGGGACCCUGAAGCACAAGGGGCCACCAGGCAGGGCCCCAAUCCCACACCGCCACUACCCUGCCCCUGAGGGUCCAGCUCCAGCCCCACCAGGGCCCCUGCCACCAGCCCCCAAUAGUGGUACUGGGCCCAGUGGUGUGGCUGGAGGUCGGAGGUUGGGGAAGUGUGAGGCAGCAGGUGAGAACUCUGAUGGUGGAGACAAUGAGAGUCUGGAGAGCUCCAGCAACUCUAAUGAGACCAUCAACUGCAGCUCUGGCUCCUCCUCUCGGGAUAGCCUGAGGGAACCGCCAGCCACUGGCCUGUGCAAGCAGACUUACCAGCGGGAGACAAGGCACAGCUGGGACUCGCCAGCCUUCAACAAUGAUGUGGUACAAAGGCGACAUUACAGAAUUGGCCUCAACCUCUUCAAUAAGAAGCCAGAGAAGGGUAUCCAGUAUUUGAUCGAACGAGGCUUCCUGUCUGACACUCCUGUUGGGGUGGCUCACUUCAUCCUGGAGAGGAAAGGCCUGAGCCGGCAGAUGAUAGGGGAAUUCCUGGGGAAUCGGCAGAAGCAGUUCAACAGAGAUGUGUUGGACUGUGUGGUGGAUGAGAUGGACUUCUCCUCUAUGGAUUUGGACGAUGCACUCAGGAAGUUCCAAUCCCAUAUCCGAGUUCAGGGGGAGGCCCAGAAAGUGGAGCGACUCAUUGAAGCUUUCAGCCAGCGGUACUGUGUCUGUAACCCUGCCCUCGUACGCCAGUUCCGGAACCCAGACACCAUCUUCAUCCUUGCUUUUGCCAUCAUCCUCCUCAAUACCGAUAUGUACAGCCCCAGUGUCAAGGCUGAACGCAAGAUGAAGCUGGAUGACUUCAUUAAGAACCUGAGAGGAGUUGACAAUGGUGAAGACAUCCCCCGCGACCUUCUAGUAGGCAUCUACCAGCGCAUCCAAGGUCGUGAACUGAGGACCAAUGAUGACCAUGUGUCCCAGGUGCAGGCUGUGGAGCGCAUGAUUGUUGGCAAGAAACCGGUCCUGUCGCUCCCUCACCGUCGACUGGUUUGCUGCUGCCAGCUCUAUGAGGUGCCAGAUCCAAACCGUCCCCAAAGGCUGGGGCUGCAUCAGCGGGAGGUCUUCCUCUUCAAUGACCUCCUUGUGGUCACCAAAAUUUUCCAGAAGAAGAAGAUCUUGGUGACAUACAGCUUCCGUCAGUCCUUUCCCCUGGUGGAAAUGCAUAUGCAGCUCUUCCAGAAUUCAUAUUAUCAGUUUGGGAUCAAGUUACUGUCUGCAGUACCUGGAGGGGAACGAAAAGUCCUCAUCAUCUUUAAUGCUCCUAGCCUCCAAGACAGGCUACGCUUUACCUCUGACCUGCGGGAGUCCAUUGCUGAGGUGCAGGAGAUGGAGAAGUAUCGUGUGGAAUCGGAGCUGGAAAAGCAGAAAGGUAUGAUGCGGCCUAAUGCCUCACAGCCUGGAGGAGCCAAGGACUCAGUGAAUGGGACUCUGGCCCGCAGUAGUCUGGAGGACACUUAUGGGGCAGGCGAUGGGCUCAAGCGGGGUGCACUCAGUAGUUCCCUGCGAGACCUCUCUGAUGCAGGGAAGCGGGGGCGGCGUAACAGCGUGGGAUCGCUGGACAGCACCAUCGAAGGGUCUGUUAUUAGCAGUCCACGCCCUCACCAGAGGAUGCCACCUCCGCCCCCACCCCCGCCGCCAGAGGAGUACAAGAGCCAGAGGCCAGUCUCCAACUCCUCAUCUUUCCUGGGCUCCCUAUUUGGAAGCAAGAGGGGCAAAGGGCCCUUCCAGAUGCCACCACCACCAACAGGCCAGGCCUCUGCCUCGUCUUCAUCUGCUUCCUCCACCCACCACCACCAUCACCACCACCACCAUGGUCACAGCCAUGGUGGCCUGGGGGUGCUACCUGAUGGGCAGUCCAAGCUCCAGGCCCUGCAUGCCCAGUAUUGCCAAGGACCGGGCCCUGCCCCACCACCCUACCUCCCACCCCAGCAACCCCCUCUGCCUCCACCCCCUCAGCAGCCUCCACCCCUGCCCCAGCUGGGCUCCAUUCCACCACCACCUGCCUCAGCCCCACCUGUGGGGCCACAUCGACACUUCCAUGCCCAUGGCCCAGUUCCAGGACCCCAGCAUUAUACCUUGGGCCGGCCAGGCAGAGCCCCAAGACGAGGGGCUGGAGGACACCCUCAGUUUGCUCCACACGGCCGCCACCCCUUGCACCAGCCCACAUCCCCAUUACCCCUGUACAGUCCUGCUCCACAGCACCCUCCUGCCCAUAAACAGGGCCCCAAGCACUUCAUCUUCAGUCACCACCCACAGAUGAUGCCAGCAGCAGGUGCAGCUGGGGGCCCUGGGUCCCGGCCACCAGGGGGAUCCUAUUCCCACCCUCACCACCCCCAAUCACCACUGUCACCACACUCACCCAUCCCACCUCAUCCCUCCUACCCUCCCCUGCCCCCACCCUCACCUCACACCCCACAUUCACCCCUACCACCCACCUCCCCCCAUGGCCCACUGCACGCCUCUGGGCCCCCUGGCACGGCUAAUCCACCCAGUGCAAACCCCAAGGCCAAGCCAAGCCGGAUCAGCACUGUGGUCUGAGGAACGGGAUGAGUGUACUGGGGAGCAGGAUAGUCUGGAGAAAUCCACAGGAGAGGGACCUUGCCCCUCUCUUCUUCCUCGGUUUUUUCAAAAUAUAUAUACACACUCAGCAGUGUCUUUCUUUCCACUUCCUCUGUAUCUCCAGACCCUUCUUCCAACCCCCAGCAGUUGUCAUGGGGUUUCCUUUCAGAUUGGAGGGCCCUUGCCACUUGCAGCCUGAACGUAGGGCACUGCAGUGCUGGGAAGUGGUAAGAGCCUCUCAGUAGGCCUCGUCCUCCUGUUCCUGUCUUCCUCUCCUCUUUCUUGUC